AUGUUCAAUCAUAUCGUUAAGGUCAUGUUGAAAGAUGACAAAACCUACGCUAUCGACAUUACAGGUCCACAGUACGGUCACUGUGAUCCUGUCGUCCCAUGGGAUCUCUACGCCCAAUCUCGUAUCAGAGAGGUAGUCACGGCAUGUCCUCUACGUGACGUCGAAGAAAGUCAGAAGGCGGCGGGCAGUAAGGCGGGCGGAGUUGGUCCCCAUAAGACUUUUGAAGAGCUAUUUGCAGAAGUCUUUGUUGCUGCCGCCAAGUCGUGGCAGAUGCAGGAGGAGUCCUUCAAGAGGAAGCAGGCUAGUUUGGUGGACUUUCUUGAUGAGGAGGUAGCGAGGAAGAAGAAGGCUACGGCAGUUGAAGAACUGCCGGCUGGUGCUAACAGUGAAGGAUUCAAUCAUGAGAGUGACAGUCCAGACAUUCAAUAA